AUGUUUAGUCUUGGCCUUAAUCUUGCCUUAUUCGAUAUAAAGCUCAAGACUCCUUACAAGGGGUUGUUGUUCCUACGAGGCAACGAAUUUGAAGUGGAGUCCGUGCCAUUUUUUGGCGAAGUCAAAUUGUCCUUGAAUGAAGAUGUCCAUGUCAAACGCAUCCACUUGUGUCUUGUGGGGGAAUUCCAGUAUGAUUAUAUCUGCCGUGGGGAAAAGUAUGGACUAUAUGGCGAACGAUACGACGGCAAGACCUGUGUGCUUUGGGUGGAUUGGGAUAAUUUGUUGACUAGUGAAGAUGGAGAAGUCACGUUUGGAAAUUACGGUGACACAAUCAUCCCCUUGAACAAAGCCAGAUCCAAAUCUAUAGGUGAUGUAAAACGCAGGCAAGGCUCAAUCACUGAAGCAACCACUCCUGAAAUGCCUGCUCUUUCCAGAACUAACUCGUUACCAUCUGAGGUCCCUGCUUCCCCGCCACGCGUACUCGAGGUGCCCAAGAGUGGAUACGAUGGCACUCCAUUCAAGAACCAAAACUCCCCCAACCAAACUUUUCUAUUACCCAAGGGGAACUACAGUCUACCAUUCAAAGUAUUUCUCCCUACCGACAUUUGCGAAACAGUGGAAGGUAUAGCAGAAGCAAGCAUACGCUAUCGUGUCCACUGCAACAUUGAGCGAGGAAGAUUCGAGAAAACCGAAUCCAAAGCAAAGUAUCUUCGUGUGAUACGAACAUUACACCCACAAAAUCUAAAUCUUUGUGAAAGUAUCGAAAUUCACAAUACAUGGCCCGAGAAAAUUCAGUACAAGGUCAGCAUGCAUAAAAAGGGUAUUGCCAUAGGUUCUACUAUACCUAUCCAUGUGAUUAUCGUACCCAUGGUAAAAGGGUUGGUCCUUCAAGGCAUGAGUUGUUCUAUUGUCGAGCAUUUCAAUAUCGAGCAAUCCCAUAAAAGAUCUCCAGAAUUUGAAAAAGUGAUAGGUAGGCAACACUUGGCAGUUCCAACCAUGGAAGAACUUGAAUAUGAAAGAUGGGAUAUCAAAACACACUACCGAGUACCGCACAAAUUGAAAGAAUUAACCCAAGGUUGUGAAAUUAAGAACAAUUUGCUAACUGUCAAACACAGACUACGAAUCUGUAUCAGGUUUCAAAAUCCUGGAAGUGAUCAUGUUAGUGAAUUGAGAGUGAAUCUUCCUGUUUCAGUAUACAUAAGUGCAAAUUCGGGUUUUGUCGUUGAUAGGCAUUAUGAGGUGGAUCCACGUUAUGGGACAUUUAUACCGAACGAUAAACUUGAAGAAGUGUUAUUCUCAAACGGUCAAUUUGAAUCUAUUCUGGGUUCCCGUCGACCUAUUUCCCCUAUGGAAGACGAGGAAGCUACCUCCCAGGAUGAAAUCGAUCCUGAUCGUGAAGAAGCAGCUCCUCCUCUAUAUCAGGAACACAUUUUUGAUAAAGUGUAUGACAUGAACCUGCCCCGAUCGCCAUUGCAACAAUUUCAAGAGUACAGUCCGCUUCCAUCGCCGACUAACUCAGUAUUGAACCUAGCUGCAUUUGUGGAAAGACCAGAAUCUCUUGACAGUAGUAUAGAUAGUGGUGAAGACCCUUUGCUGCCUGUGCAAACCCUUGAUGUUCAAGCACUAUCCAAGGUUCCUACUUAUGACGAAGCGUUUGAUCAAGAUGUAGCACAUAUUGAAGACGGAUUUGCGCCAUUGUAUCCAUAUUCUAGUGACUUGGAUGUUGCUAGUGAUACUUCGAGGUCACCCACGAGACGAUCUCGGCGAAACUCGCUCGCCCGAAGCUUGUCAUUACCUCGAUUUUCAAUAUCUCAAGAGAGACUGCAUGACGAUGAUGACGAAGAACCAAAACGAAGAAACUCUUUAGGACUCGGGAAGUUCUUUCAUCUCAAGAGAAAGUCAAUUUCAUAG